AUACAAAACAAAAACAAAAAAAACUCUACAUUCACCAAUAAAAAAGCUCAAUUUUGUUUUUGUUUCUCAUUCGAAAAACUAAAAUUCUAAACAUGAUGAAAAAACAAUUGGUGGUCGUAGUUAUGUUAGUUGUUAUGUUCGUUGUUUUCUUGGACGCUACGCAAGUUGAAGCCAUGAGGCCUUUCCCAGAUCCCGUAGAUGAGAUCCGGCUUCUGUUUCAGGCGUUGCAAAGAGGACCGGUCCGUGGUUCUGGUCGGAACGGUUGCACUAAUAUUCCUCGCGGUUCAGGCAGAUGCCAUAACUGAGCUGUCUUAUACGAAUCUUCUUCUUCUUCAUCUUCAUCAUUCUUUAAUUCCAUAUUUUUUUUCCUCACAUUUGUGUGUUACGUACAUAAUUACAUUUACGUAAUUAUACGAUAGCUUUAGACUUCGUCUCAUGUAAUUGAAUUGUAAUCAACGGAAAUUUAAUUAGUCUAUUAGCGUGUUUGUACUCAAUACAAACAUGUUUUUUCACUAUUCACUAGUUGGUCAAGAAAAAUGUAAAUGUAACAAUCCAAAGAUUUUUCAUUU